AUGAAACUGUGUAAAACUGGGAAGGGGAAACUGUGUAAAACUGGCUGUGCUGAUGGAGAGUAUGGGGAGAAUUGUUUGGAGACCUGUGGGGCGUGUCGCCGACCUCCAUGUGACCUCCGGACCGGUCAGUGUGCGGGGGGAUGUCUGGACGGCUACACAGGAAUUCUCUGUAAAACAGAAUGUGAAGCUGGAUAUUUUGGGACCAACUGUAGCAGGACAUGUGGCCAAUGUAUGACAGGAAGCUGCCAUUUUGUGACAGGGGUGUGCUCAGGUGGAUGUAAGCCUGGUUGGCAGGGGUUCGAAUGCCUGGAAGCUUGUGAUGACUUUACGUUUGGAGAGAACUGUUCCAGUAAGUGUGGGGCGUGUCGCGGUAUGACCCCCUGUGAUAAGGAGACCGGGCUUUGUACUGGGGGGUGUGAGGAGGGAUUUACUGGGGACCUGUGUAUAGAUUUGGUCCCGGUGGAGUUAUCAGACAACACAUCGAUGGGGAGUGUCAUUGGAGGGGUGGUGGCAGUACUGGUCAUUAUAGCCAUCAUCGUAAUCACCGUCAUCGUCAUCAGACGUAGAAAGUUACAGACUCUAACGUUUGGUAAAAAAGGACAAGAUGAAGAGAAGCGACCUGUGGAACUAACGCAGAGUAAAGAAACGGAUCAGCUGAUCGCUAAUGAAUCCUCUAUGUCUGAUCCCCAUGACGACACAGAUCCCAACCUGAAUGAACCAAUUUAUGCCAACGUCAACACCAAGAAACAGAGCAGUCCUAUCAAAGUGGCCGACCUGUUUGAUUACAUCCGAGAAAACAAGAAAAACGAGUGUGAAGGAUUCAAAAAAGAGUUCAAC